AGUUUAUCAGCAAGAGCAACAGCAAGCCAAUUAAGACAAUUCCAUGAUGAUGAUGAAGAGCCAAGCAACUCUCCUCGGCCUCGCCACCUUGGCCAUCCUCUUCUUCUCAGGUGCACAUGCAGCUAAAAUCACUUUCAAAAACAAAUGUUCCUACACUGUCUGGCCAGGAACCCUAACCGGUGACCAAAAACCUCAAUUACCACUCACCGGGUUCAAGUUAGCAACGGGAAUUAGCCGCUCUGUGGAUGCUCCGUCCCCAUGGUCUGGUCGCUUCUUUGGCCGAACCAGGUGCUCCACGGACGCCUCAGGAAAGUUCACUUGUGCCACAGCAGAUUGUGGUUCUGGCCAAGUCUCAUGCAAUGGUAACGGCGCAGCUCCGCCAGCUACAUUAGUAGAAAUCACUAUUGCGGAGAACGGGGGUCAAGAUUUCUACGACGUUAGUCUUGUUGACGGCUUCAACUUGCCCAUGGCCGUGGCUCCACAAGGCGGCACCGGCAAGUGUAAGGCCUCAACUUGCCCCGCCAAUGUUAACAAGGGGGGUUGCCCUCCACCUAACGACAAGCCGGCGACAUGCCCUCCCACUGAUUACUCUAAGCUCUUCAAGACCCAGUGCCCUCAAGCUUAUAGCUAUGCUUAUGAUGACAAGAGCAGCACCUUUACAUGCAGUGGUAGACCUGACUACCUCAUCACAUUCUGCCCAUCAUAAGCAUAUAUAUAUAUAAUGGGAUCUUAUAUGUUAUAAUAUUAUAUACAUAUAGUUCCUAAUAAUAGAGAAGAAUAAAUAAAUUUCCUGGAUCUUGACACAUUGUUGAUGUCAAGAAUUUGUAAUGCAGACGAUCAAAUAAAGGAAUGAAUGUUUGGAUUUUAUUUU